UCAACACGUUGUUACCAUGCCUCCAUAACAUCAGUGAUUGUAAUGGCACUGAUUUUAAUGCUGGUUAUAUUUGGUCAUAACUAUAUUCGAAUUGUGUUAACAUGGAUUGAGAGUCAGGAUGUGGAAGUAGGAUGUGUUAUAUUUUUAAUUCUUUAUAUAAUUGUGUCUUUCCCUAUAGCGUGGGGUUAUGUGUUAUUAAUGAUUGCCGCAGGAUAUUUAUAUGGUGUUAUAUAUGGACCGAUUGUCGUUGUUUGUUGUGCUUUUGUUGGUUUAUUUAUUUCAAAUCUUGUGAUGAGAACAUUAUGUCGUAAUUGUUUCAUAGCCAAAUUCUACAAUGAAAAAGUUGCGUCCCUGAUUCGUGUGAUUGAGAGUGACCAAGGGUUUAAAGUGAUAGCGUUGAGUAGGUUAACUCCUAUACCCUUUGGUUUACAGAAUGGCCUAUUUGCUGUGACUGAUAUAAAUAUAUGUAAAUAUUGUGCAGCAUCAUUAGUGGGAUUACUACCAAUGGCUGUUUUAAAUUGUUAUAUGGGAUCAACUUUGAGGUCUAUGGAUGCAGUAUUAACUGAUGAAUCUAGUCAAGUUACAGCAUAUUUAGUUCUUGGUGGUCAGAUUGCAGUUACUAUUGGUUUACUUUGGUUUGUAAUUCGGAAGGCCAGAGUGGAAUUGAAGAAAACAGUU